AUGUCUGGCCGCGUGAUCAGAGAAAUCGUGCAUGGCGCGAAAAAGAUACCUAUUAUAUUGGCAGAAGAAGUCCGGGACAAGGGCUUCAGGCGUGUCAUCGACGCGAUUGAUCCAGCCGUCGUACAGCAGACAGGGGACAAUGUGGAACGUGCAUUCAAGGGCCCGAAGAUGAUGACGCCUUCUCAGAAAGACAUUACCGAUAGGAUUAUUGUCACCUCGAUGCCUCAUUCUGAGAGCCCUAACGACCUGGAAGACCACUCCACCAUUUAUGUCAAAGAUUCUGCAGGUCGUGAUAUAUGCGUUGGCCAUGUUACAACCGAUCCAACCAAACAGCAGGUAAUGUUGAGAAAAAUUAAGUCUGGUGGUGGUGACUAG